AUGAUAAGAAAAAGUUUUUCUCCUUUGGCUUAUUUGGAUUCAUUUAAUGAUCCUGAAAUAACAAGUUUAUUAUUGACUGUAAAUAGAUUAAAAACAUUUAAAGAAUGGCCUUUUGAUAAUAUUAGUUCUGCAAAAUGUACUUCUAUUGAGCUAGCCAUAGCAGGAUUUUACAUGACAAGUAAUGAAGAAAAUGCUCCAUUAGCAAAAUGCAUAUGUUGUUUGAAAGAAUUAACAUGGGAGGAAGAUGAUAUUCCAUUACAUGAACAUUUAAGAAAAAUGCCUCAUUGUCGACUUGCUGAAAUCAUUUCAGAAAAAAAAGAAAAAGAUAUGACUAUUAGGGAUAUACUUAGCAUAUUAACUAUGAGGGAUAUUACAAUAAUUGUAAAUAGUCAAAUAGAUGAAGAUAUUUCCAUAAUUAAUUCAGCUAUGAAGUAUAAUGAUGAUUUUGUUGUCAGGACACUUAAAAACUUUUAA